AUGAGUUUUGGGGCAACAUGUUCACCAUCGUUGGCACAACUGGUAAAAAAUAGUAAUGCACGCGAAUACGAAACCGAGUUUCCGCGAGCAGUGAAAUGUAUUUUACAAAGGCAUUAUGUAGAUGACAUGCUGGAUAGCGUCGACACAGUGGAGGAAGCGAUUAAUCUAGUCAAUGAGGUUAGAAACAUUCAUAAGAAAGCAAAUUUCCAUAUUCGCAAUUGGGUUUCAAAUUCUAACGCAGUACUGAAAGCUAUAGGUAACCAAGGCCAGGAAUUUCAAUUUUGCUCGGCCGGAAGGCGUAUAGACCAUACAUUUGAGGCAGAGAAGGUAUUGGGAAUCCAUUGGCAAACCGACACUGAUAUGCUCACAUUUGAUCUGAAGUUUACCAAAGCCACUGAGGAUGUUCUAAGUGGAUAUAGAUUACCUACGAAGAGAGAGUUGCUACGAUUGAUGAUGUCAAUAUUCGACCCUUUAGGGAUGCUUACCUUUUACAUUAUUGACGUAAAAAUUUUGUUUCAAAAAGUUUGGCGAAGUGGAGUUAGCUGGGAUGACGCUAUUCCUAAUGAGCUAGUUGAUGAGUGGAACAAAUGGCUGUCGCUGCUUGGCGGUGUGAAAAAUGUGAAGAUACCGAGAUGUUACUUCGCUACGGUUAAUAAGGAUGCAGACUCCAUUGAAUCGCAUGUCUUUGUGGACGCAAGUGAGGUUGCAUAUGCAGCGGUGGUGUACCUAAGAGCGAAGAAUCGCAACAACAUAGAUGUUUCCUUGAUAUGUUCUAAAGCAAAAGUUGCACCAUUACGACCAAUAUCAAUUCCAAGACUGGAACUACUCGCGGCGGAAUUGGGAGCACGCUUAGGAAACAACAUAAAAAGGGCAAUAGACUUGAAAGUGACCAGUAUAACGUAUUGGAGCGAUUCAAAGGCUGUUCUAUCGUGGAUAAAAUCUGACCCACGAGAUUACAAACAAUUUGUAAUGUUCCGUAUAGCAGAAAUCCAGGAGUUGUCCGAAGCAGAACAAUGGCGGUACAUUCCUACUAAAUUAAAUGUUGCGGACUUGGCUACAAAACAAACUAGUAAUCCAGACUUUACUUGGAAAAACCCUUGGUAUAAGGGACCGAAGUUCCUGUAUGAAGCAGAAACUUGUUGGCCAAAUAAUGUUGGCGUACAGAAAUAUAACGAAGAUGCUGAAAUCAGAAAGCAACGAUUGUUGGUGGCUCAUGUAGCAGAGGAGGAACCUCUCAUAGAUGUCUACCGAUUUUCAAAGUGGGAACGUUUAGUUCGAUGCAUGGCCUAUGUGAAAAGAUUUAUGUCUUUACUAUCAACUAAUGAAAUGAAAAAGAAGAAAUCUGUAAACCAAUGCUUGUCAGUUGAGGAACUGAAAUGGAGUGAAAAUUUCUUGUACCAGACAGCCCAGUUACAGGAUUACAAGAAAGAAAUGACCGCAUUAAAUAGAGACACUAAUAUUACUCUUUCUAAAAUUAGCCCUUUGCGAAAACUUUCACCAUUCAUAGAUGCACAGAAUGUUUUAAGAUUAAAAGGUAGAUUAGAUAAAGCCGUAUGCAUCGAUGAUUCAAUCAAAUUCCCAAUUAUACUAUCAAGGAAAAACUACAUAACUAAGUUGAUCGUAGACUGGUAUCAUCGAAAAUGGAAACAUCUAAAUCAUGAAACGGUGGUUAACGAAAUCUUUCAGAAAUACCACAUUCCGGGACUGCGUAGACUGUUAAAGCAGGUAAGAAAUAAUUGUCAACAUUGCAAGGUUCGCGAUGCGAGUCCAAAGCCGCCGGAGAUGAGUGUGUUACCAGAAGCACGACUAUCAGCAUACUCCCGACCAUUCUCAGAUGUUGGAAUAGAUUAUUUUGGCCCGUAUACUGUAACAGUAGGAAGGCGCUCAGAGAAGCGCUAUGGCGUCGUUUUUACAUGCCUUACGUGUCGAGCAGUGCAUUUGGAGAUAGCUUAUAGCCUGUCAGCCAGUUCGUGUUGUAUAGUGAUACGAAAUUUCAUAGCCCGAAGAGGAGUGCCGAAUGUCAUCUAUAGUGACAAUGGAACAAACUUAACAGCAGCUGAAAAGGAGUUACGAGAAUCAAUAAAGAACGUGGACUUCAAUGAAUUGCAAGCUGAAUUUACAAGUCCGGAAACACAAUGGGUUUUUCUUCCACCAGCUGCGCCGCACAUGGGUGGAGCGUGGGAGCGGAUGGUGCGAUCCAUAAAAACAGUGUUAGGAGUAAUAAUAAGCCCGCAAGCAAAAAUUAAUGAUGAAAAGAUGCAUAACCUGUUCUGCGAGGUAGAAUCAAUCGUAAAUAGCAGACCGCUCACUUAUUUGUCGAUUGAAACAGCAAGCGAAGAAGCGUUAACUCCGAAUCAUUUCUUGUUAGGGUCAUCUUCCGGGAACAAGCCGCCGUGGAAGUUCGAUACUAACGACGAGCACGUGAAAUCCUCCUGGAGGCAUUCGCAAUACCUUGCCGAUCGGUUCUGGAAAAAAUGGAUACAAGAGGUGCUUCCAACGAUGACAAGACGGACGAAAUGGUUUGGUAAGAUAAAACCCAUCGAAGCAGGUGAUGUCGUCAUUAUUGUUGACCCAAAUUCUCCUCGCUACACAUGGCCGAAAGGAAUUGUAAUUAGUGCCAUUAAAGCACGGGACGGGCAGACCAGGAGCGCCGUAGUGCAGACUACUCGAGGGCAAUAUCAUAGACCUGCAGCAAAAUUAGCCGUAUUAGAUGUUCGUGGAGCGGCAGUUUAG